AACAACACUAUGGGGACUCCGCGGCGGAUCUCUGGAAGCGCUGCCGCGCGCCUGUCUUGCGAAGAAGACUCAGCCGAGUUUCAAGCAAUUUCACUCAUUGCCCAGUCACUUGCACAUCCUCAGAGAACGCUUCUCUGCACAUUCGUACAGCAAGCUGACGAUAAGGAAGUCGCAGCUCGUUUCUUGCUAGAUGAGGUUGAACAGAACAACGUUACUCUUUUGGAGCUCCUAGCGGAUUGGACUAGCCUGCUGCGGAAAGUGCGUCCGAUCGUCUGCGAAACUGCCGACACACCACUGAGACAAAGAGUAUGGCAGAGAGACAGAGGCAGAUGCUGCCUCACGCAUGUCCGGAACGGGGAAAAACGCGACGAGGAUCCACUUUGCAUUCACCCGUUGCCUCCUACUCUCUUUGAAGACGACGACAUGGCCCAAGACGGAAAGCUUCACAAACUGCUUGCAAUAUACAUUGGGCAGUCGAAGCUGGAAAGCCUGAAGACGCUCUUAGAUCCAGAGUCUCACUCCGAUCCUACCGGCCAGCUGAUGCUAAUGUCGUCGCGAAUGUUUGAUCACUUCGAGAAUGGAAGACUCUCUCUGCAGGCUAAAAGAAACUCCACAAACACUUUGGCUCUCUACCUUCCAAAAAAAAACUUUCUCAUUCCGUCUACACAGACUGUCAUGUGUCGAAACGUAAAGUUGGAAAACAGGGCCGCGGAUUCCACGUCUCUUCCAAGUCCACAGAUCAUUGAAGUCCAUCAUUGCUUUGCAAAAGCUUUGGCAUGGCUAGAAGUAUCUGACUACAUGAAACGGGUUCUCCUCGAAUCACAGCACAAACCGCCAGCGAAGCGAUCAUGGUUUCAACGGUGCAUGCAACCCGUGUCGUCAGUUCUUCAAUCUCUCUGGCCCCAAGCGCCUGCUUUCCUUCGAGCAUACACCUACAAGUACCUAGCAUCGCUUUCACACCGUCUCUACGCACGCACCGGAUCCGACUACGUGUGUCGUUUGCCUUUCAACCUUUACCUGCGAAUAGCAGAGGAGAGGUGGGCUCCGCGACAUCAGGCAGAGCUCGAAUCACUUCGUAUCUUGCAGAAAUACACAACCAUCCCUGCCCCAAGGGGGGUCGAUGCAGUCCGUCAUAGUGGCUCAUCGUACCUCCUGAUGACAGGUGUUCCCGGCCGUGGCAUUGGACAGAUGAUAAAUUCCAUGACCGAUAAACAGCUGGAUCUUGUCGCUGAAGACCUGAAAGACUAUGUCGCCCAACUGCGAUGCAUUCCCCGCAAUACCGCCUCGGAGUUCCGCAUCUGCAAUCCAUUGGGCCGGGGCAUCCUCGACUGGUCCAUUGGCAAUUCACAACGUGAAGAACUGAGAUUCCGCACUGUAGACGCCUUCCAUCAUUACCUUGCACACGACCUCCCCAUCCGUACCGGUGACCAGAGGAAAAUCGUCACGGAUGCGCACAGCAAGAAACACGAUUGCUUCUUCACCCACGCCGAUCUCAACCUACGAAAUAUCCUCGUCGAUGAAACGGGACGCAUCUCGGGAAUCGUGGACUGGGAGUGUGCGGGCUGGUACCCCGAGUAUUGGGAGUACACCAAGAUGCACUUCACUGUGCGAUCCACUCUUCGGUGGCUCUACGAUGUUGUUAAUCCGAUAUUCCCCCUUUAUCGCGAGGAGUUACUCUUCCAAGAUAUGUCGGCCGGCAUGGUUCUAUCGUGGUGAUUGUUGUCGAGCUACGCGUCCCAUUCAUGCAGCUUACUCGAGUCUUUUGGUACAUCUCAAGCACAAACGUGUGAAUUGACAGAUUAGCAGAAGAAGACAUAAUGCGUUUUAUAAAGAGAGAGACGAUCGAUAGCUACACACCACAAUUCCUUACUACGCUACCUUAGCUGUGUAUGCGAGCUUAUGACCGAUAUAAGCUCACUGAUUGUCAAUGUAAAAACAUGGUCAAUACAAAUACCUCUUUGCAC